GGGAGCGGCUGGGAAGGAGCCGGGGGGGGGGGGCCCUGGUGACAGACACACCACCUCCCCCCCCCGGUCCCACCGCAGCCGGGGGAGCAACACCAGGGACCCCCGGGCCCCCUCAGCAGCCCCCGGGGGAGCCAGGGAGGCCCCGGGCCUGGCUUAGGGAGGCCCCGGGCCUGCUGCGGGCCUGCUCCGUGGAGGCCAGGGCUCUUCAGGACAGCCCGGCUGCCCCGCUGGACCCCGCGCUGGGGCCCCGGGAUGUGCCCGCGCUGCGUCAGCCCAGGGCGCCCGUCGGCCUGCCGGCCCUCAGCAGACGGCCCCACGCAUGCGGCGGUGCUGCCCGUCCCCGCUGCGGCUGUCUGCGCCGCCGGGACCUCCCGAGCCGCGGCCGGGCGGAGAAGCCCAGCACGAUGGAUGCCCUGCACGCCGCUGGCAUCCACUUCGCAGAGGUGCUGCAGUCGGGGCCGCCCUGGCUGGAAAAGUUCUGGAUCUCGGUGACCUCCCUGGCCGAUCCCAAAUGCAUCUUCACCGUCUGUUUCCCUCUCGCCUAUUUUCUCGACCGCAAGGUGGGGGUGUCGGUGCUGUGGAUCGGCUUGGUGUCAGAGUGGCUCAACGUGGUCCUCAAAUGGUUCUUAUUCGGGGAGCGCCCAUUCUGGUGGAUCUAUGAGUCGGGGUUCGCCAGCAAGGAGCCGGUCACGCUGCGCCAAUUCCCCGUCUCCUGCGAAACGGGACCGGGGAGCCCCUCCGGCCACUGCAUGAUCACGGGGGCGGCCCUCUGGCCACUCGUCACCGCUCUGACGGCGCUGGCGGCCGGACGCUCCAGGAGGCUGGUGGUGAGGCUGAGCCCCUGCGGCGCCUACGCCCUGUUGCUGCUGGCCGUGGGGCUCUCGCGGGUCUUCGUCCUGGCCCACUUCCCCCAUCAGGUGGUCGGCGGCAUCUUGGCGGGGGUGGCCCUGGGCUGGGGGCUGCAGGCUCGCACCCCGACUGACCAUGCCCCGGGUUUCUUCGUGGCCACUGCGCUGGCCCUGCUGCUCGGCUCCCUCGCCCUGCACAGCCUGGUGAUCGCCACCGGCAUCGACAUCGACUGGUCCAUCCGUCUGGCCACCAAAUGGUGCUCCAACCGCGCCUGGCUCCGCCUCGACACCCGGCCCUUCGCCUCCGUCUGCCGCGACGCCGGCAGCGCCCUGGGGCUGGGGCUGGCCGCCGGCUUCCCCCUGCCCCGGGGGCAGCGGCUGGACCCCCGGCAGCGCGUGGCCGGCGCCGUGCUGGCCUUGGGGGCCGUGCAGGGGCUGCACCGGCUGCUCCAGCCCGCGGACGCGGCCCUGUGGUACGGCACCAGCGUCCUCAAGUACGCCGCCGGGCCCUGGCUGGUGGCGUCGCUCCUGCCCCGGCUUGUCCUCUCCCUCGCCCGCCCGCGGGUCUCCCGCCACGCCGAGUAGGGUCCCCCACCGUGGGGUCCCCAUCGUGCCCCGUGGGUCCUGCACCCCCCUCCUGGCUUUGCCCUUGGCCGUGCCCAUCGCCUGUGACUCCCGGCCUGAGCCGGCCCCACGCCAGGAGGGCACCCACCGACCGGGCACCCACCUCUGCCCCCCCCCCCUUGGGACCACAGGCCAGUUGUUUAACCCUCGCUGCGCUAACAGCGCUGCUCCCCCAACGCAGCGGGACCCCCCCAGUGUGGGGCAGGGCUGGGGGUGCCCCGUGCCCCACAGGUUGGGGACACGGCGUAGGGACAGCCCCAGCCCCGGGGGGGGUCACUGGCAGAUGGCACCAGCCUGCACUCCACCCCCCCCGGCCCCGAGCCCUUCCAGCUGCCCCAGUUCUCCCAGUUUCCACCUCUGGGGCAGGGAAGGGAAAGGACUGGAGACCCCCCCAGGACCCCCCCAUGCCGGGAUCCCCGCUGUACCACAGGGUCACCCCAUUUCUAACCAAAUAAAACCACCGUUACCAA